AAUCCCCCUCUCUCUCUCUCUCUCUCUCUCUCUCUCUCUUACACACUCAAUAUAUGCUACUCGCCUACCGAGGGGAAGAGGAAACACCGAGAAGCGCUUCUCCGAAUCGAGAUCCGAAGCGGUUUUCUAGCUAGAGGAGGUGCGGAUCUAUGAAUCUAUGCUUCGAUGCGUUGUUUUUGGUGGAUUUGAUGUAUCUUAAAUCCUCGUAGUUGUAGCUGCUCUGUUGGAGAAGUGUAUUAGAGUUUAAUUAUUAGCUCCAGGCUCCGCUUAUCUUCUAAAAUUAGUUGAGAGAGUUUUGCAUGUGAGAAGAUGGCGUUUGGAAAAAGCACGCGGAUGGAUGGUAGGAGAUCAUCGUCGUACUGCUCGACUACUACUAUUGUUGUGUUUGUGGCUCUUUGUUUAGUCGGCGUAUGGAUGAUGACAUCGUCAACUGUAGUCCCGAUAGAGAUGUCUUCAUCUGAUAGGAAAGACCAAGUGUCUGGAACUGAUUCUUCUCGGGUAUUUGAAGAUAGUUCUGGGGAUGUAGCUGAAGAUUUGGCGAAAGGAGGGGAUAAUGAUGAAAAUUCGGGGAAUACUAUUCCGGACGAAUUGAAUUCAGAAACUUCAAAUGAUCAAAAUUUGUCUGAAAAAACCACCGAGAAAUCAGUAGAGAAGACUCAAGAGGAGUCUCCGGUGAAGGGGAACGAGGAUGGUAAGGCAGAAUCGGAGGGUAAAGCUGAGGCUUUUAACGAUGCAAAUGGAAAGACGGAAGGGGGAGAAGCAGUUGUCGAGGGUGGAGAUUCUAAUACUGAAGGUGGUGACUCUGAUACUAGCAAUCAGGGAGAUGACAAAGAGACGAACACGGAAAAGAAAUACAAUGAGCAAGAGAAGAGCUCAGAAGAGAAUUCAAAGGAAAAUGAAAAUAAUGAACAGCAACAACCUGAUACUGGUGGUGAUUCUGCACUGGCUGAGAAAGAUCAAGGUCAAAUAGAGGAGAAAGUGGAUCAAAGCGAAGACAAAGACCUGGGCUCAAAGUCAAAAGAGGUGUUUCCUGAUGGGGCCCAAUCGGAACUUUUGAAUGAGACCACCACCCAGAAUGGGGCAUGGUCUACUCAAGCUGCGGAGUCGAAGAAUGAGAAGGAAGUGCAAUCAUCUUCGAAGAACCAAUCAGUUUACAGUUGGAAACUUUGUAAUGUGACAGCUGGUUAUGAUUAUAUACCUUGUCUUGACAAUGAGAAAGCUAUCAAGAAGCUUAGAAGUACUAAACACUAUGAACAUCGCGAGAGGCAUUGCCCUGAAGAGCCGCCAACCUGCGUUGUUCCACUUCCAGAUGGAUAUAAACGUCCUAUAGAGUGGCCCAAGAGCAGGGACAAGAUAUGGUACAGUAAUGUCCCUCAUACAAAGCUCGCCAAAUACAAGGGGCACCAAAACUGGGUUAAAGUUUCUGGUGAGUACCUGACUUUUCCAGGGGGUGGGACUCAGUUCAAGCAUGGUGCACUCCACUACAUUGAUUUCAUUCAGGAGUCACUUUCUGAUAUACAAUGGGGAAAACAAAGUCGUGUUGUACUAGAUGUUGGAUGUGGAGUUGCUAGUUUUGGAGGCUAUAUCUUCGAUAGAGAUGUCCUUACCAUGUCUUUCGCACCCAAGGACGAGCACGAAGCCCAAGUGCAGUUUGCUCUCGAGAGGGGAAUCCCAGCUAUAUCAGCAGUCAUGGGCACCAAGAGACUUCCUUUCCCCAGCAAGGUCUUUGAUGUUAUUCACUGCGCUCGCUGUCGAGUACCGUGGCAUAUUGAAGGCGGUAUGCUUCUAUUGGAGUUGAACCGGUUGUUACGUCCGGGUGGUUACUUUGUUUGGUCUGCCACACCUGUGUAUCAGGACCUUCCGGAAGAUGUUGGGAUUUGGAAAGCUAUGUCUGCUUUGACGAAGUCCAUGUGUUGGAAAAUGGUGAACAAAACCAACGAUAAGCUAAAUGAAGUGGGUUUGGCGAUAUUCAAAAAACCAAUGGACAAUAAGUGCUACGAGCAAAGAACAGAAGAAAACCCGCCAUUCUGCCGAGAAUCUGAUGACCCAGAUGCAGCCUGGAACAUAUCAUUGCAAGCAUGCAUGCACAAAUUGUCUGUAGAUCCUACCGCUCGUGGGUCACAGUGGCCAGAGAAGUGGCCACUAAGGGUGGAGAAGGCGCCUUAUUGGUUAAAUAGGUCGCAGCUUGGAGUAUACGGAAAACCUGCCCCUGAAGACUUUGAGGCAGACUAUGAGCAUUGGAAGCGGGUUGUAAGCAAAUCGUACUUGAACGGUAUGGGGAUCGACUGGUCCAAAGUCAGGAAUGUCAUGGAUAUGAGAUCAGUAUAUGGGGGUUUUGCUGCAGCCUUGCGUGACAUGAAAGUGUGGGUGAUGAACAUUGUAUCAAUUGAUUCGCCAGACACGCUUCCCAUCAUCUACGAGCGAGGGCUGUUCGGAAUGUAUCACGAUUGGUGCGAGUCAUUUAGCACUUACCCCAGAACAUACGAUCUUCUUCACGCAGACCAUCUGUUCUCCAAGAUCAAAAAGAGAUGCAAACUGUUACCGGUAUUUGCCGAGGUGGAUCGGAUACUGAGGCCCGAGGGCAAGCUAAUAGUAAGAGACAACGUCGAGACGAUAAGCGAGUUGGAGAACAUGGCGAGGUCGCUCCAGUGGGAGGUGCGAAUGACGUUCUCCAAGGACAAAGAAGGUUUGCUGUGCGUUCAGAAGAUGAAGUGGCGGCCCAAGGAGGUAGAAGCAAGCAUGUAAUCUCCACAUCUUAUAAUAGCAUAAUCGUCCGCGCGCGCGCGAGAGGUUAGAUUAGAUAAAUUUUUUUGGGGUUGUACUCAUGUUUGUUGUAUUAUUCGUUAUUGUUGUUGCUGUUGUUGUUAUGUUAUCUUGCUUCCUUAGUAAAAACAAGGGAGAUGAGAUUAUUGUAGAGACUUGCAUUCUUGAUUAAUUAAAAAUUCUCACCCCCUUUUGGGAAACCUUACAAAUA